CUCGAAUCCAUCCUGUAAUUAUCACACUAAUUUCCUAAUUAUGCUAACUUCUUUUGUCAAAACCAAUUCAAUACAAAAUUUUCACAGCGGCAGCGUAAAUUACCCGUUAUCGGAUCAGGUUUAUUAUUCAUUGCGAUCCUAUUGAUCCCCUCCUCCCUCGUAUUCUCCAUUCAGUACGAGCGGGGAAGCUUGAGGUGGAGCAACAAGAUCAAGAGCAACCAACGCAAAAUGGCCUCGGAGCCCCCGCCUUUCCAAGAAGCCGAUCAUUGCGACGUUUGCCACUGCGGCUUCAACACUUUCCGCCGCCGGGAUUAGUGAAUUGCUACCGGUCAAUCGCUUGGAUAAUCUGAAGUGCCAUUCGCACCAUUGCCGCUGUUGUGGGAGAACUUUGUGUCACGAUCACUCCUCAAAUCAAACGACUUUACCGCAAUUUGGAAUCUACACCAAUGUCAGAGUUUGUGCUGAUUGUUUUGACAAUGCUACACGAUCAGGGGCAGGCAAUCAUCAGGCUACUUCUGAUUCUGUGAAUUCCAUAACAGAUCAAGUUUCCAGAUUAGGCGUUGGGGCAGAGGUCGAACCAAUAAAGAAUCCAAGUGCACAAUAUCAGUCUCAUGCAACUGUUAUAGAUUGCAAAUGUGGAAUGCCUUUAUGCAUAUGUGAAGCUCCAACUGCAACUACUGAAACAGUUCCACCUCAGGCAAAAGCAACGUCAACAUCUGCUUCAUAUUCAAAUCCAAAGCCCCGGAAGAUAGAUGCCAUUCCUAAAAAUAGAGCAUCCAGUUCCAGUAACAAGCCUAGUUCGGUUUUCAACCAUGGUCAGAUGAACAAUGGCCUUGCAGAUAAACCUCAGUUGAACUAUGAAGCUAGUGGGGAGGGUUUAAGGGAAGCCAUAAAGAAUGAUGAUUCUGCUGCUGUAAGGAAGCUUAUCAGCCAGGGUGUAGAUGCGAAUUAUCAGGACCGGCAAGGAAUGUCUCUGCUACAUCUGGCUGCUGUAUUCAACCGAACUGACAUUGUUUUUAUCCUAAUGGAAUCUGGUGCAAGCCUGGACUGCAGAAAUGCACAAGGGGAAACUCCACUUGACUGUGCUCCCGCAACGCUGCAAUACAAGAUGAGAAAGAAAAUAGAAGAAAGUGGGGAGAAGGACCCGCAGAUCAGCGUUUGAGAUCCCUCCAUCCAUCCAUCCAUCCUUCCUUCCUUCUUUAUAUCUUUGACCUACUUUGUGCAAAUUGUAUGUUUCUCCGAAAGCCACUUUGGAUGAUUGAGUGCAGCAUGACGCGGGGAGGAUGUUGGAUGUGUGUAUGAAUGGUCGUACAUUCGAGUCUUACCUUCCCCCGAACAACACAAGCUGCUACUGUGCUAUAUGUUUUAAGCAUAUCCAUGUUUGAAUUACAGGGCAGAACCUUUCAAGAACAAGGAUUGGUGUUAUUAUACGUUCGUAUUGUAUGAUAUGACAGACCUUAAUGUUAAGCAGUUGUGACUUGUGUCAUGUGCUGUUGGUUAAGGGUGUUUGGAAUUUGGAUGGGAUGUGAGUCGGAUGGGUGGGAUUCAGAUGUGGAAUUGGGGUCUAUCUGUCGGGUUCCCUUUCGGUGUCGUUCUGCUUUCUUCUUUCACAGUUUACUUUAAUCUACGAGUAAAUUAGUUAUCUUCCAAAAGAAUGACGACAUGGAUCAUUCAUUUCUUUCUUUCUUUCUUUCUUUGGCUUUCCAUGCUAUGCUGACCAAUUCACAGGUGGAAAGUAAAGAAUGAAUAUCUUAACAGCAUAUUCUCCGACUUGCAUGCAAUUGCAAUACAGCAAUUUCGAUUUGCAUCAUCCCAACGAAACUGUCACCACUAUUUCAUUUCCUUUUGUUGUUUCUU